AUGGAUAUGCACUGCAAAGCAGACCCCUUCUCCGCGAUGCACCCAGGGCACGGGGGUGUGAACCAGCUCGGGGGGGUGUUUGUGAACGGCCGGCCCCUGCCCGACGUGGUGAGGCAGCGCAUCGUGGAGCUCGCCCACCAGGGUGUGCGGCCCUGCGACAUCUCCCGGCAGUUGCGGGUCAGCCACGGCUGUGUCAGCAAAAUCCUGGGCAGGUACUACGAGACUGGCAGCAUCAAGCCCGGCGUGAUCGGCGGCUCCAAGCCCAAAGUGGCAACUCCCAAAGUAGUGGACAAGAUUGCUGAAUACAAGCGACAGAACCCGACUAUGUUCGCCUGGGAGAUUCGAGACCGGCUCCUGGCCGAGGGCAUCUGUGACAACGACACCGUGCCCAGUGUCUCUUCCAUCAACAGGAUCAUCCGGACCAAAGUUCAGCAGCCUUUCCACCCAACGCCGGAUGGGGCUGGGACGGGAGUGACUGCCCCCGGCCACACCAUUGUUCCCAGCACAGCCUCCCCUCCUGUCUCCAGCGCCUCCAAUGAUCCAGUGGGAUCCUACUCCAUCAAUGGGAUCCUGGGAAUUCCUCGCUCCAAUGGUGAGAAGAGGAAACGUGAUGAAGUCGAGGUAUACACUGAUCCUGCCCACAUUAGAGGAGGUGGAGGUUUGCAUCUGGUCUGGACUUUAAGAGAUGUGUCCGAGGGCUCAGUUCCCAAUGGAGACUCCCAGAGUGGCGUGGACAGUUUGCGGAAGCACUUGAGAGCCGACACCUUCACCCAGCAGCAGCUGGAAGCUUUGGAUCGGGUCUUUGAGCGUCCUUCCUAUCCCGACGUCUUCCAGGCAUCGGAGCACAUCAAAUCAGAACAGGGGAAUGAGUACUCCCUCCCAGCCCUGACCCCUGGGCUUGAUGAAGUCAAGUCGAGUCUAUCUGCAUCCGCCAACCCAGAGCUGGGCAGCAAUGUGUCAGGCACGCAGACAUACCCUGUUGUGACCGGUCGUGACAUGGCGAGCACCACUCUGCCUGGUUACCCCCCUCACGUGCCCCCCACUGGCCAGGGAAGCUACCCCACCUCCACCCUGGCAGGAAUGGUGCCUGGGAGCGAGUUCUCCGGCAACCCGUACAGCCACCCCCAGUACACGGCCUACAACGAGGCUUGGAGAUUCAGCAACCCCGCCUUACUAAGUUCCCCUUAUUAUUAUAGUGCCGCCCCCCGGGGCUCCGCCCCUGCCGCUGCUGCCGCUGCCUAUGACCGCCACUAGUUACCGCGGGGACCACAUCAAGCUUCAGGCCGACAGCUUCGGCCUCCACAUCGUCCCUGUCUGACCGCCCACCCCGGAGGGAGGGAGGACCGACGCGACGCGAU